GCAAUUCCGUCUCCGUGUUGUUUCUGUUUUCUUUUGUCCCACAGUGGAAACCGUGAUCUAAACGAUAUAAUUGUAACGUCAGAAACUGGGCCGGGGCAAAGUUUAGGCCAACGAAAUCGAUUUCUCGGGCUAUGCCUGGCCCAGGGUGGGAGGGGGGCGACAAGCAGGCAGCUAUCGGAGCAGAAUGACUCAGUAUGCAGUACCAACUUCUCCAGACUCAGAACAAGAUGCAGUCCUGCCAACAACAACAGUCCUGCCUUCCACAGCUCCCAGUCCCCCCCAGAUUGUUGCGUACCAUCGGCGCUGGUGGAUCGUGGGAACCUUCUGUCUGCUGGGUAUCGCCCAGGGCGCGGUGUGGAACUGUUGGGGGCCCAUCUCAGACUCCGCUAGGCUGGUGUACGGGUGGACAGAUGGGAAGAUCGCCAUGUUAGCAAACUGGGGCUGUAUAGCCUUCAUCCUCUUUGCACCAGGACUGAUGUACAUCAAUGCUGACAGACUACGCUUCUCUGUGGUGUUGACAGCCUUGCUCAUCGCAGUGGGAACAGGACUGAGAUGUAUUCCUGCAUCAGCGGGCAUAGCUACUAUAUUGAUCAAUGCUGGGCAGUUCCUGAAUGGGGUAGCAGGCAUCAUGCUCAUGGCUGCCCCCCCUCUCAUCUCCUCCACAUGGUUCCCUCCAAACCAGCGUACCACUGCUACUGCCAUCAGCUCCAUAUUCAACUACGUGGGAACAUCGGUGGGAUACCUGAUAGGACCACUGUUUGUCUCCCAGCCACAUCUCAUGCCCAACAGCACACUGCACUACAACCAAACUGUAGUGGAGGACAUAUCAGGGCAGAUCAUGAGGCUGAUGUAUGUUGAAUGUGGCUAUUGUACUGCAGUGUUCUUGGCCAUAUUAAUAUACUUCCCGUCCAAGCCCCCCACCCCACCCAGCCUGUCUGCUGCCAUGGAUCGGCUGGACUUUCGAACAGGACUUAAAAAACUCUUCAGACAUGGCCAGUUCUGGCUGGUGUGCCUGGCGUACUGUGUACCUGGAGGAGUGAUCGGAGGGUGGACAGCAGUCUUGGAUGUUAUCCUGUCUCCACACGGGAUCUCACAGAUUGAUGCAGGCUGGCUUGGCUUCUAUGGCAACAUAGCAGGAUGUGGAGUGGGGCUGCUUCUUGGCAGGUUUGCAGACUACUUUGCUGGCCACCUGAGGUUGAUCAUAGUCGUGAUGAUGUGCUGUGCCACAGGGUCGCUGACAUGGUUCACCAUCAUGCUGUUUGGUGCCUUACCUCUUACUCAAGUGAGUCUGUACAUCUCCUUCAUCCUGACCAUGGUGAGUGUGAACGCGAGUAUUCCCCUGUUCCUGGAGCUGGUGAUGGAGACCACAUACCCUAUUGAAGAGGCUGUCAGUGCAGGAGUGAUGACCUGGGGAAACAACCUCUUUGCUCUCAUCUUCCUCCUGGUUCCUCUUCUUCCCAAAGUUGGUGUCACGUGGAUGAACUGGGCAGCUCUUGGAGGUGUGGCAUGCUCCGUACCACUCCUCUGUGUCUUCAGGGAGAACUACAGACGUCUCCAUCUGGACACAGGAGCCGGCUCAGAAGGGAAUGAUGAGACUCAACAUCUUAUCAAUGAUGGCAGCAUUAGUGAAGAUGGAAAAGGUUAAAUACCUGGUGUUGCUGAAUGAUAAAAAAAGUGAAAAUACUCUGGAAAAAUGAUGAACUUAAGCAGUCCUACUGAUCUGUUGAUGAGUCAACGAUAACUAGACAGGCAACAGUUGCAAGCUAAUACAGCACAUUUCACCCAUCUAAGAAUGGCCAAAAAAUCUCAAUAGAAUCAUUUAAAUCUCAUAAAACCAUUUAAAGGCACAUAUCACAAAAAUGGAGAAAAAAGUCCAGCCCACUCUACCCUUGUGCUAAUUCCAUGUCAUUUAGUCUAGAAAUUGCGGAGAUAAAUCGAUUCAAAGAUUUGACAGGAGAAGAAAAAGAAGAUACACCAGGAAAGACAAUUCAUUUCUUCCAUAUCUGUGGUAUGGGUGAAAUUUAAAAAUGAGAAAAAGUAUUAAUUUACAUUUAGUAUUAUUACACCAAAGUUACUAGUGCUGCAGUUUCUCAGGUCCUUUGUUUUAAGAAUGUCUUGUUAUCCUGACAGCACAUAUGGUGUUCCUUGCUGCUACUUUAAAAACAAAAUCUAUUGUAUCGUUUUAAUGAUGGCAUUUUAAAUUCUUUACUUGAUGUUUAUUGUUUACAUGCUGUGAUUGUCAUACAUGUACUAUUCAACGUUAAGGUGAAACUGAGUUUCACAAUGUGUUUCACAAUGUUUGAAAAUUGUGCAAUAUUGACCUCAUCUUGCCAUUUUAUAGAUGGUUUAUGAUAAAGGAGGAAACAUGUCCAAGAAACUAAUAUUUGCUGAUAUAUAGCUGGAUGGAGAUUCAAAAUGGUUUUAAGAUCACCAUCUUCAUGCCUACACAAAGUGGAUGAACAUGCACAUUUGUACAUGAAAUGUUCGUCCUAUUUUAUUCUAGUUGUUCUCAGUGAAAUGUGCAAAUGAGUAAUUUUAGGUUUACAAAAUAGAUCAGCUUUUUGUCAGGCAAACCUAACUUAUUUUGGAGGAAAGUAUAUCCAUUAAGUGUGGCUGAAAAAAUGACAGGCUAUUUUGUCUUUGACCCAUUCAUUUGUAGGCAAGCAUACAUGUAGCAUACGUUCCUGAUAACUGAAAGGUAAUUUUGGCUUUUUUUUCUUCAUAAUGAGUUUCAAUUUGGGUCUGCACUUCUUCUAGGAGUAUAAGGAUGUGUGAACAGACAGAAACUUGGCAGCUUUCUUACAUCAAGUCAAGAAAACAACAAUGAAAGCAUCAAACAGCAAUAACGUAUACAUUACUACAGUCAUUACCAUAUUUUUUUCAUCAGUGAGAUGGUUUUCAAAUACUCCUUUAAUAUUGUUCUGUCAGAAAGCCAGAAAUUUGAUUUGAGGCUAGAUUGGAACUGAAUAAUGUUACAUUUUUGUGGCCUCUCAGGUAACAGCUGCUUUCAGAGGUGGAAUCCCACCCGUGGCAAUAAUUUCUUCCAAACCAUCAACCAAUGCUAAUUGCAUUUUGUGAUAAGUAUUGUGGAAAAAUGAAGAAAUCAAUGAUGUUGCCUUUUAAUUUGAAUCAAAUCAGGUCGUGAAGACAAUUUGCACAUUUCAAUAAGAACAAGCCAUUAUCUUAUGGAGAAGUUUGGAAUCAGUGUCAGACUGCCAUGAAUGUCAUGUCCUGAGAUACUGAUCCAAUGUGGAGAUAGAAAUCAGAAGUUGACACCUGUACAGGAUGGUAUAUUUUACUACUUCAUCUCUUGAGAAUAGGAUUGUUGUGGGCAAAUUGUUAUGAAAAGAAAAUUCUGAAUUUUUAUAGAAUAAAAGGUUUAUUGAGUAUUGACAUGUCAUUGUAAUUUCUAUAGCUGUCAAAUUCGAAAACCACUCACUGGUUACUCAGCAUGAGUGCUACAAACAGUCCACCUUUGACAGUGAUGGCGUGAUCAACUGUCGCUGAUCUACCAUGGUGUUAUACAGUACGUUGUAUG